AUGCUUGUUCAACCCCAAUCAGGCUGUGGUUCUCGGUUGCUACCCACACUGAGACCGAAUGGAUGCAUGAUCUGCAAGUGGGUUGCGAUGACAUACUGCAACAGCUAGGCCAAGUCCAACCAUGGCGGUUUUGUAGUAUAUCUCAACUUCACCCGUGGCCAGUCAUCAGUGUCUGGGUAUAUUGCUCAUAGCUCUGUGCUCUAUAUCGAUAUCCGCGUGCAACAGCUUCUGAAAUAACCGUCCAAGUCAAUUCCCAAACCCCCUUCAUGGCUGGGCUUGAUGAUCUUCCCCCGGGCACGCCGGCUAGCGCACCGCCCCCCGGGGUAGCCCCGGAUUAUGUUGACCCUACAUUCAUGGGCCCGUCGUUCGUGGCUCUGGGGAUAUUCUUGUCACUAUCGCUUCUUGCCGUUUUCGUCAGGAUUUUCGUCCGCUUUCGCAUCACCAAGGCCUGGGGCUGGGAUGACUACACAUGUAUUAAAGCUGCUAUUGGAUCAGUGAUCUAUGCGAUCUUAUACGUCAAAGUCAGCACGGAAUAUCCGGUAAGGCAUAUAUGGGAGAUCACACUUUCAUCUUAUGCUAGCGCAAUCGAGACUCAAACAUUAUCAGUAAACGGAAUCGUAUACCAGAUCACAAUCUUCUUCACCAAGCUUUCUAUUCUGCUUCUUUAUCUGAGGAUCUUCAGUGUCAAUCAAGCAUUUACCCGCGUUACAAUCGCCAGCAUUGUUGUUCUAACUCUUUUAUAUGUUCCACUGGCCGGUCUCGCAAUCGGUUUCCUCGCCGCCUGCAAUGACCUGACAAACCUUCUUGAAUCCCCUUUUUGCAAACACUAUAGCAGUCCGACCUUGGCUUUUAGCGCAAUCUUCAAUGUUGUUACUGAUCUCUGGCUCCUAUUAUUACCAUUCCCGCUUCUCAUAAAGCUGCAAAUGCAACCUCGACAAAAACUAGGUCUUGCUGCUGUUUUUGCUGCCGGUGUAGGAGCUUGUGCUGCUAGUGUCGCACGACUGGCAGAAAUUAUCAUUCACCGUAACAGUUCAGACCCAACCUGGAGCCACGGUAUAAUUGCUGAAUUCAGUUUCGCCGAAAUCAAUAUCGGUAUCAUUGUUGCUUGCUCUUCCGUUUUCCCCGCCUUUUUCAGCCGAGUGAAAGGCGCGUUGAGGCACGCUCCCGAUGAGUCGAAACACACCCAACUGCCUGAUUCAGAACCAGAUGCCAGCCAGACUACAUGAAGAAACUCAGAGUCGCCAGUUCUAUAAAACAAAGGAAGAAAGGAAAAACACGCAAAAACACUCACAAAGUUUUCA